CCGCCAUCUUGUGUCGCCUUUCUAUUGUUCAGAAUUGGGUCUGGUUGCUGGUACAGGUGGCGCCGGUUUACAUUUACAAGCAUUCACGGCUUAUUCACAGAAACCACCGUGGACGACAAGGAAACGCCGCGUAAGGAACUUUAACCGAGAUCAUUACACAGUAGGACACCUACGGAUUUCUUUCUUGGUGUUUGAUCUCGCGCACUAUCGCCAACAUGAUGAUGAUGGACGACGAACAGCCUAAGACACUGUACGUGGGGAAUCUCUCCCGGGACGUGACAGAGGCUCUCAUUCUGCAGCUCUUCAGCCAGAUCGGCCCAUGCAAGAGCUGUAAAAUGAUCGUAGAUACGGCAGGUAACGAUCCGUACUGCUUUGUGGAGUUCUACGAGCACAGACAUGCCGCGGCCGCGCUGGCCGCGAUGAACGGGCGUAAGAUAAUGGGUAAGGAAGUUAAGGUCAACUGGGCCACAACUCCAAGCAGCCAGAAGAAGGACACUAGCAAUCACUUCCAUGUGUUUGUGGGAGACCUGAGCCCUGAAAUCACCACAGAUGACAUUAAGGCCGCUUUCGCGCCCUUUGGGAGGAUAUCCGACGCUCGUGUUGUGAAAGACAUGGCCACCGGCAAGUCCAAAGGCUACGGCUUUGUCUCCUUCUUCAAUAAGUGGGAUGCGGAGAACGCCAUUCAGCAGAUGGGGGGGCAGUGGCUGGGCGGACGGCAGAUCAGGACCAACUGGGCCACGAGAAAGCCCCCCGCCCCCAAGACCGCGUACGAGAGUAACACCAAGCACCUGUCCUUCGACGAGGUGGUGAACCAGUCCAGCCCCAGCAACUGCACCGUGUACUGCGGGGGGGUGACCACAGGCCUCACUGAACAACUGAUGAGACAGACCUUCUCUCCCUUCGGACAAAUCAUGGAAAUCCGAGUCUUCCCGGAUAAGGGAUAUUCCUUCGUCAGGUUUAACUCCCACGAGGGGGCAGCCCACGCCAUCGUGUCGGUGAACGGCACGUCGAUAGAGGGCCACGUGGUGAAGUGCUACUGGGGCAAGGAGACGCCCGACAUGAUGAACCCCAUGCAGCAGGUGCAGAUGCCCCAGCAGAACAAGGUUGGCUUUGCGGCCCAGCCGUACGGCCAGUGGGGACAGUGGUACGGCAACGCGCAGCAGAUUGGCCAGUACGUGCCCAAUGGCUGGCAGGUGCCCACGUACAGUGUUUACGGGCAAGCCUGGAACCAGCAGGGCUUCAAUCCCGUGCAGGCCAGUGCAGGCUGGACAGGGCUGAGCGCCGUGUCUAACGGCGGGCCAGUGGAGCCCUCUCAGGCAGGGAACGGCAGUGUGCUCGCUAACCAGUCCGGCCUGGGAGCCGCGGGAUACCCUCCACACUGAUAGGCCCCUGCGUCCCUACAGGGGAGUGUACAUACCUUUCCCCCGGGAACAGACCUCGUGAGGCCCUCUUGAGUGGGCGGGGAGGGGAGGGGAGGGUUUGAGUUUUGAGCCCUUCAUUUUUUUUAUUUUUUUUUAUUUUUAUUUUUAUCCCUCUCUCCCCAAAUGUGCUAAUGGGGCUGGAAAAAUCACUUCCCUGUACCCCUCCGCCCCCUCCCCCUCCCAAUUCUGUUUCCUUAGAGACCCGAAGUGGUUGGGUCUCAGACUACGCCAUUUUAAAUUGACUAUAAAUACAUUUUGGGGGUUGCUUUGUUUUUCGAUGUUGGUUUGCUUACAGUGAUAAACUACUGCAGAUUCGUGAGAAGGAUUUUUUUUUUUUUUUUUUUUUUUUUUUUUUUUGAAAUGUCACGGAAUUCAUUGUAUUUUUAGUACGUUUGUGAUUCGGAGAGGGAAUACCAUGAAUUAUGUGAAAUGUUUCAGACCUUUCUGUACAAAUUUGGACUGAGUGAGAGUCGGCUGUGUUAUUUCCUUUUCAGUUAGUUUCUCUAAAAGUGAAAUGAUCGCAGGGAAUACUGCCCUUUUCUUUUCCUUCAGAGGCAGGAGAAUAUUGCACAAAACUAUUUUCUCACAUUUGAUUUUCAUACACUUUUUUUUUUGUUUUUUUUGCAUUCCACAUUUUGCAUUUCCCUAAUUUUUUUUCCUUUUUUUUUUUUUGGAGGGCGAUAAGUAUGCUGUUUGAUAUGUAAAUAACCAAAACAUUAAGUCUGUUGAAAUGUUUUGAAACUGUAUAAAAGAAGAAAAACAAACAAACAAACAAACAAACACGCAAAUGUUCACUAUGGAAGCUUGCUUGCUUUCUUUUUUGUUUUUGUUUUGGUCAUUUAAAUAAAAGGAGAAUAACUGAAACCGUUGUCAACUAGCGACGCUGUUAAAUACUGGGCCAUGCAGAGUUCGGGACAGAGCAAAAUUUUUGAUUCUUCCGGGGGGGAAAAAUAAAAAAAGGUUGCAUUGCUAUGCAGUGCUAAAUAUUUAGACUGAAAUAUAAUUUAGACUUUUAGAGGCAAUUCUGUGUAUAAAGGCAAAAUACUGACUUUUUUUGGUGUUUUUUAUGAAGUAGUAGUUGGUAGUAUUUUUCUAAAAUGGCCGACGGAUCAGGAUUUUGCACUGUUGUCCCAGAGCGGUGUUUUAAACAGCAGUCAUGGACGGGGCCCCAGUACGUUGCUUCAUUUUGAGUUUUGUUUCAUUUUAACCAACCAACCAGCCAUCACUGAACGUAGGCGGUGCCUAAGGACGUUCUGAGAAACGGCGGUGUUACCUUUGGGGUUUUUGAUAAUGUUUAUGCUAUAAUAACCCACGUGUUCCUGCUUUGUCUCAUUAAAAUGCUGAUGCAUACAAACACACUGCCUGUGCGAA